CCGGGGGCUGCCAUGGGACGGGAGCCAUGAACGGUGGCGCCCCGGGCCCCGCCGCGGCCCCGGGCCCCCCGGACUGGCGGCAGUUCUGCGAGCAGCACGCGCGCGCCGCGGCCGCCGACUUCGCCCGCCACUUCUGCCGCUUCGUGCGCGAGCACCCGGCCUGCGACGCGCCCGACGCCGGCGCCUCCUUCUCGCGCCACUUCGCCGCCACCUUCCUGGACGCGUUCGGGGCCGAGGUGCGGCGCGCGCUGGGGGCGCGGGGCCCCGACGGCCCCGACGGCGGCGGCGCGGAGCUCAAGGCGGCAGCGCGCGGCCACUCGCGCAGCUCCGAGGACGUGUCGGCCGCGCCGCGCGCCCGCGUGCGCAAGGGCUUCUCGCUGCGCAACAUGAGCCUGUGCGUGGUGGACGGCGUCCGCGACAUGUGGCACCGGCGCGCGUCGCCCGAGCCCGAUGCCGCCGGCGGCCCGCGCGCCGCCGAGCCCCAGGCCGAGCCGCGCGACAAGUGGACCCGGCGCCUGCGGCUGUCGCGGACGCUGGCGGCCAAGGUGGAGCUGCUGGACAUCCAGCGCGAGGGCGCGCUGCGCUUCAUGGUGGCCGACGACGCGGCCGCGGGGCCCGGGGCCGCCCAGUGGCAGAAGUGUCGCCUCCUCCUGCGGCGCGCCGUGGCCGGGGAGCGCUUCCGCCUGGAGUUCUUCGUGCCCCCCAAGGCCUCCAGGCCCAAGGUCAGCAUCCCGCUCUCGGCCAUCAUGGAGGUCCGCACCACCAUGCCCCUGGAGAUGCCCGAGAAGGACAACACCUUCGUCCUCAAGGUGGAGAAUGGAGCCGAGUACAUCCUGGAGACCAUCGACUCGCUGCAGAAGCACUCAUGGGUGGCUGACAUCCAGGGCUGUGUGGACCCCGGGGACAGCGAGGACGAUGCCGAGUCAUCCUGCACGCGCGGGGGCUGCCUGGCCAGCCGCAUGGCCUCCUGCAGCUGCGAGUUUCUGACAGACGCAGCAGACCUGCCCCGGCCCCCCGAGACCACGGCGGCUGUGGUGACCGCCCCACACGGCCGCUCUCGAGACGCGGUAGGGGAGGGCCUGGCCCACGUCCCGCUGGAGACCUUCCUGGAGAGCCUGGAAUCUCCGGGUGGCAGCAGUGGUGGCGGUGACAGCAGUAACACAGGGGAUGAGGGAGCGGAGCAGGAGUCCGAGGCUGAGCCACCGCUGGAGCUGUCGGGCUACCCCUGGUUCCACGGCACCUUGUCCCGGGUCAGGGCAGCCCAGCUGGUCCUGGCAGGCGGGCCCCGGAGCCAUGGCCUCUUCGUCAUCCGGCAGAGCGAGACACGGCCUGGGGAGUACGUGCUGACCUUCAAUUUCCAGGGCAAGGCCAAGCACCUGCGCCUGUCGCUGAACGGCCGUGGGCAGUGCCACGUGCAGCACCUGUGGUUCCAGUCGGUCCUGGACAUGCUGCGUCACUUCCACACUCACCCCAUCCCCCUGGAGUCGGGGGGCGCCGCCGACAUCACCCUCCGCAGCUACGUGCCGGCCCAGGACCCCACGCCCGACCCGGGCCCCGCGCCCACGCCCCCAGCCUGCUGGAGCGAGCCGGCCGGCCAGCACUACUUCUCCAACCUCGCCGCCUGCCCGCCUGCCUCGCCCUCAGACCCGGGCGGCGCGUCCUCAUCAUCCGCCUCAUCGUCGGCCGCGUCGGUGCCAGGCGGCCCGGGCGAGCGGCUGCUGGAGGCAGCGGGAGGCUCCGAGGAGCCCCCCGAGGCGGGCACGGGCCGUGCCCGCGCCGUGGAGAACCAGUACUCAUUCUACUAGCGCCACGCUCUUCAGUGAAGACAGAACCGUAUUAAAGAGCCUGUUUUAGGGA